AUGACAGACCCUGUGGGGCAAGAGAACAAGGGACCACCAGCCCCCUCUUCGGAGGAGGUGGUUGGAGACAAACAUCCCUAUUCAGAAGGGACCAACACCAAGGCAACCACCAACGUUCACCGACCAGGGACCUUGGGCACCUCACCCCGGUGUCCCCCUGUGCUCCUCCGGCAUAGCGAGGGAGCAGAGGUUGUGCGCCGCGCCUCUCAGUUCAACAUGGAGGGCUUGGAAGACUUUGAGGAGUUUGUUUUUGAUUUCGACGACUAUGACCUGCUGGAGUCCAUCCAUGACCACCUGGGGUCCCCUGAGGACCCAGACCCCCUGGAGCCCAUCCGUAAGUACCAGGGCUCCCACCUCCCAGAGGGAAGCAGUGUGUGGCCAUGGAAGAAUGGACAACACUUCACAACAAAUUCCCCAGUGUUGAAAGUGUGGACCCUUAUAGACACUGAACAGUGUUGAAUUAACACACUGCUUAGUGCUUGUUGCAUUCAUCCAUUUUCAGUCCUAUGGACUUCACCGAGUGAGAUCCUAAGUGAAUAUGUUAUCAUAACCAUGUAAUUAUUUAACCCAUUUCGUAUUUAACCCACUCAUAUGUAUUUUAUAAGGCCUUAUUUUGAGGGCUUACAAUAAAAAAACUACUGGGUUGUUUGGAUGACCCAACUGCUGGGUUGCAGGCAUUUUUAAAAAGAGCAAGGUUGGUUUGUUGAGGCUGGGUUAUUGAGAUAUGACCAAGCGGGUCAGAUCAGAAGACUGGAGGCUUGGCUUAGUAGGGGUGUGGAUUUCAGGAAGUUAUUUUUAGCCACCUGUGAGAGUAAAUGUCAUUCCGGUUCAUCGGUUAUGUUGAAUUGUUAUGACAUGUUAUGGUCAAACACUAACUCUACUGUAGCUUUAAUGAAGCUUACAGAAAUGUAUGGUUAAAUUAACCGAAUGGCGCAGUGGUCUACGGCACUGCAUCGCAGUGCUAGCUGUGCCACCAGAGAUCCUGGUUCGAAUCCAGCCUCUGUCGUAGCUGGCCGCGACCGGGAGACCCAUGGGGCGGUGCACAAUUGGCCCAGCGUCGUCCAGGUUAGGGGAGGGAAUGUCUGGCAGGGAUGUAGCUCAGUUGGUAGAGCAUGGCAUUGCAACGCCAGGGUUGUGGGUUCGUUUCCCAUGGGGGGCCAGUAUGAAAAAAAUAAUAAGGUUUUGUUUGAACUGUGGUUAUGUUACACUAAUGUUUAGAGUUUAGGCCCUCAAAAUAAUGAAAUACAUUAAUGUUUGUAUUGUGUUAUAUAAUUUUAUUUUAAUGAUAACAUAUACGCUCAGGAUCUCACUUGGUGAAGUUCUGAGGACUGAAAAUGGCUGAAUGCAACAACCAUGUCUCUGUCACUAACAAAUACAGUCAUGGGUGGUAACUCUACAAUUCACUUGAAAUGCUCUCUGCAAAACAAGGCUUUACACCAAGCAGUGUGUUAAAGGUCAUGAAGAGUCAAAAUCAUGUUUGUCAUGACAUUUUAUGAUAUUUGGAUGAAACCAGAUCAAUGUAUGAUGACCAAAGUAUGAAAAAUGACUGUUACUUCUGCAUUGAUAAAGUUUGAUCAUAAAGUUGCUGGUCCCCUCCCCCAUGUGAAACACUUGGAUUCAGGAGGCUGGAUUAUUAUUAUCAUUUUAAUACACCAGUGGUAACAUGAUAUUCUCUUACCAAAUUUAAAUAAGUACUGGCUUGUAACCAACAUUGGCGAAGGCGUAUUUGCGGAGAGGCGUGGUUUAUAUAGCUAGAUAGCUACUCUACUGGUGCAAUCAUUUGAAUGUAGGUGUCAGCAAAUAUAAUUAAAAGUUUAAACUAUUCAUUCAUGGCAAAGAUACUUAUAUGUCUCCCCUUUCAUCUGUGUCUGGUGUUAGCUAGUUACUGGCUAGCUAGGUCUUCAGCCAGCAUGGAACAAAAAGGGGGGAAGGUCGUUCAAAACUCUGAUGCAGUUGUCAUGUCAACAUAUCCGUCAGUGCUGCUGUGAACCACAUCACAACAGACAUGCCAAAUGGGAGGUGUAAAAGAAUUGACAUAAUUUAUGCAAUUGUAAUAUUGUUUGAGUUGCUUUGUGUAUCGCCAGAUUCUCAUGAGAUGAUUUUACUGCAACGCUGCGCACUGCAUCCAAGUUUCUUAACAUAAGCAUUUCAAAGAGCUGUCAGUAAAGGCGAGCUCAUUAAUAUAAGAUCCCUGCCCACUCAGCCUAUUUUCAAGCUUCCUGUUAGUUAGCCAUGAGAGAAAAAAUAAUUUUUCAAAAAAACAACAACAUUUCUAUCACCCAAAAAUAUUAUGGAUGAUAUUUUAGUCACUCAAAAGGCUAUUUUACAUGGGAAUCAGAAUAACUGUUUGGGACCUUUAAUUUAACACUGUUCCAUUGGUCUAUACAGGUCAAUAUUUUAGUCACUCAAAAGGCUAUUUUACAUGGGAAUCAGAAUAACUGUUUGGGACCUUUAAUUUAACACUGUUCCAUUGGUCUAUACAGGUCAACACUUUCAGUGUUAAUUUAACACUCAGCAUUUGCUGUGUUGGUAUUAUGUUGACCUUGUUUUAGGCUAUGAUAACUGUGUAACAUACUGUAACAUACAGUUGAAGUCGGAAGUUUACAUACACUUAGGUUGGAGUCAUUCAAACUCGUUUUUCAACCACUCCACAAAUGUCUUGUUAACAAACUAUAGUUUUGGCAAGUCGGUUAGGACAUCUACUUUGUGCAUGACACAAGUAAUUUUUCCAACAAUUGUUUAGAGAUGGAUUAUUUCACUUAUAAUUCACUGUAUCACAAUUCCAGUGGGUCAGAAGUUACAUACACUAAGUUGUGUGACUGUGGCUUUAAACAGCUUGGAAAAUUCCAGAAAAUGAUGUCAUGGCUUUAGAAGCUUCUGAUAGGCUAAUUGACAUCAUUUUAGUCAAUUGGAGGUGUACCUGUGGAUGUAUUUCAAGGCCUACCUUCAAACUCAGUGCCUCUUUGCUUGACAUCAUUGGAAAAUCAAAAUAAAUCAGCCAAGACCUCAGAGAAAAACUGUACAUACAGUUGAAGUCGGAAGUUUACAUACACCUUAGCCAAAUACAUUUAAACUCAGUUUUUCACAAUUCCUGACAUUUAAUCCUAGUAACAAUUCCAUACGGGUCUUAGGUCAGUUAGGAUCACCACUGUAUUUUAAGAAUGUGAAAUGUCAGAAUAAUAGUAGAGAGAAUGAUUUAUUUCAGCUUUUAUUUAUUUCAUCACAUUCCCAGUGGGGUCAGAAGUUUACAUACACUCAAUUAGUAUUUGGUAGCAUUGCCUUUAAAUUGAUUAACUUGGGUCAAACGUUUCGGGUAGCCUUCCCCAAGCUUCUCACAAUAAGUUGGGUGAAUUUUGUCCCAUUCCUCCUGACAGAGCUGGUGUAACUGAGUCAGGUUUGUAGGCCUCCUUGCUCGCACACGCUUUUUCAGUUCUGCCCACAAAUGUUCUAUAGGAUUGAGGUCAGGGCUUUGUGAUGGCCACUCCAAUACCUUGACUUUGUUGUCCUUCAGCCAUUUUGCCACAACUUUGGAAGUAUGCUUGGGGUCAUUGUCCAUAUGGAAGACCCAUUUGCGACCAAGCUUUAACUUCCUGACUGAUGUCUUGAGAUGUUGCUUCAAUAUAUCCACAUAAUUUUCCUUCCUCAUGAUGCCAUCUAUUUUGUGAAGUGCACCAGUCCCUCCUGCAGCAAAGCACCCCCACAGCAUGAUGCUGCCACCCUGUGCUUCACGGUUGGGAUGGUGUUCUUCGGCUUGCAAGCGUUCCCCUUUUUCCUCCAAACAUAAUGAUGGUCAUUAUGGCCAAACAGUUAUAUUUUUGUUUCAUCAGACCAGAGGACAUUUCUCCAAAAAGUAUGAUAUUCGUCCCCAUGUGCAGUUGCAAACCGUAGUCUGGCUUUUUUAUGGCGGUUUUGGAGCAGUGGCUUCUUCCUUGUUGUGCGGCCUUUCAGGUUAUGUCAAUAUAGGACUCGUUUUACUGUGGAUAUAGAUACAUUUCUACCUGUUUCCUCCAGCAUCUUCACAAGGUCCUUUGCUGUUGUUCUGGGAUUUAUUUGCGCUUUUCGCACCAAAGUACGUUCAUCUCUAGGAGACAGAACGCGUCUCCUUUCCAUACUAACGAAUGGAGAAUGUGUGUCUGAAGUGGUGGAAUAGCACUCUACCCUUUUGGUGGAAAGUCCUGACAUUGGUAAUUGAUUAGUGAGAAUUCAGAGUUGUUUUUAUUGAUUGUAUGAAGAGACAAACACAAGCUAAUUACAGCCAAUGCUUGGUUGGCCUGGCAGUGGAGGUGGGGAAAUCAAAGCUCUCUCAAGUCCCGGGUCAUGGGUGAAUUGGAACCCUCUCUACCCCUCGCUGCUAAACUAUUGAUAGUGUGGCCCCUGUUCGGCCCUGGGCCCCUCCAUUACUGGAGCGGAAAGAAAUCCCAUUGACAAACUAUACUGUUGUUUUUAUGACUGGCAUUGGAUUUGGACACUUCCGCAGUAGUGCUGUGAGGGUUAGCUAGGUGCUGGUCGCAAUUACAUUGUGGGACUGGUGUCCAGUGACGACCAGAAUGGACCCAAAGAGCUCAUCAGAGAGUGAAAAAGGGAGAAAUACAGGUAUCAGCAGACAGGUAUCAAGAGAGGUAUCAUCUGUUUUCUGGUUCAUCAUCUAGUUUCUUUGGUUGACUUUUGUGAUGUCUCUCUGCCCCUCUGUAUAGAUAUUACAUACUGAAUAUACGUUACACCAUCCAUGGGGUACGUAUAGGGGCGAUAAAUGGGUUACCUAAGGGAUAUAAACAGCUACAGAGCAUUCCCAGAGAUACAAAAGAGAAGGGACAAGGGUUACUAAUGGGAGAGAGCCCAUAGAGGAGUCACCUAUUGGUCAUUCACAACCACAUCAAAUUGCAAACCUUGCUAGUGACCGUAGCUACUGGAGGAAGCUUGUGGUCAACUGUGUUGCAGCUGAACGUUGAUGAUGUUGAUUAAUCAAUAUCUCAAUUGUCCUGAUUGGGAAAGUCACUCUGCUGCCAGGAAUUGACAAUAUACAAGAUGUAUAAACCACAUAUACACAUUAUUCACUAAAAGGCAAUAGAGGGGCUACAGAGAGAGCAGUGGGGGAAUACAGAAUGAGUUGACAUGAGUUCCACACUAAGGGGCAAUAGAGGAUUCACAGAGGGAGAAGCUGCUUGGGGUGCUACAGAGGGCAUUGGAGAUACAGACACUGGUCGCUUAAUAUGGCAAAUAAUUGGGGUUACCGAGGGCAUACACUAUGUUCAGUACUGUGUUAGUCUGUAUAAAAUAUUUUCCAUCCAGACUGGUAAUUGUAGAAUCGAAAACAAAGGGAGCAGAGAGGGAGAAAAGUGGGGUUGUCGAGGGCAUACUCAGUGGCACAAAUAGGGCACAGAAGGGGCACAGAGGGAGAGAAGUGGGGUUAUAUAGGGCAUAGGAGGGGGCAUAGAGUGCAGAUAGGGUCUGUAGAAGGGGCAUUCAGAAGCUACUCAAGAGCACAGGUAAUACUUUGGGAAGUUAUGAUGAUGAUGACUUGAAUUAACAUUUACAUAUAACAGUUACAUGCAUAUUGUAGCGACCUUAACCCAACACCUAUCGACCUCGCCAAGAGGUUUUGAUCUUUUGACGUAACGGCUAAGAUGUUGGGUUGACAGUUGUUGGACCCGUGUUCGAGUUCCAUGUCGGGGAUACCCCCAAAUUAUGCACGGGAAAGUGUUAACACCAACACUAGGGUUAUUUUACUCCAAUGAGUGUUAAUUCAACACUUACAGAGUUAAUUGUUAUGUUUAGAGUGUAGGGCCUCAGGAAAUACAUUGUAAUAUGUUAAAUAAUAUGAUUUUAAUGACAACAUUCACUUAGGAUUGCACUUGGUGAAAUUCAUUGGACUGAACAUUGAUGAAUGCAACAAGCAUGUCUCUGUCGCUAACAAAUUCAGUCAUGGGUGGUAACUCUACAAUUUACUCGAAAGGCACUCUGGGAAAUAUGCAAAUAAAGCUUUAGUUCAACACUGUUCAGUGUCUAUAUGGGUCCACAUUUUCAUUUUUCAUUUAACACUGGGGAAUUUGAUGUGCACUUUACAAGCAGCAGAAUAACUUUUAUUUAGUUAGCAAAGCUCAGAGUGAGUCCAGCCAAAGGGCAUCUCUGCCAGUUCAAUACCAAGUUAUCCCUGGGAGCACUCCAAGACCUGUUAGCAUAGAGCGUUUCUUAUUAUGAUUAUAUUGUCUGAACAACACCACAUAAAGAAGAAUGAAAGAAUAGGAUGGAAGGAUGAACUUGGGGUCAGAGGGAUGGAGGAUGAGAGAGGGAACAAAACAACUUGUCUCCUACACUUUGUUUAUGGUACACUCUGUGGUGGGUGUGACUACAACACAACACAAAGCAGCUGAGGCCUAGAGGUGGUCUGGCCUUCUCCCCAGAGUGUCUGCAAAACCAGCCCUUUGAUUGGCAGUGUAACUAGCAUCUACCCACACACACACACGCAUGCACACACACACACGCACACACACACCCUUGUCCUUAGAGCGCCAUCUUCCUCGUUCCACUCCCAUCGCCAGGCCCCGCUCCUAGGGAGUAGACAGCAUCAAUUACGCGAAAUUCAAUAAAAUAUGGUUUGUGGCCUGAAGAACUUCAAAUUGAAUCAGGCUUUUUUAGCCUCUGAAGGUCUGUGGUGGGCGAAAAAACACCCAACAUAACGACCCCUGUCUGUUUGCCUAGCUGGGGACCGAUCCUCUGUUACCCCAUGUACCUAUUGCGUGCCUAAUUUCAAUUUUCUCUUUAUUUCCCAUGGAAAAUUUAAAGGGGCAAUCGACAAUCAUGAUAUGUACCCAUUGAUUCUUGAAGUACCCCGACAGAACCCCAAAUAUAAGCUUGUUUUGCUCCAAUGUUUGUAAGCAAAGUAAAUGUAAAUAAACACUAUAGCCUCAAAACAUGAAUUUGAGAUUGGUUACAUUUCUCCAGCCCCAUUCCUCAGCUUUUUACUGAAACAGGGGCAGGGAGUACGCUUUGUUAUUGUUUCAACUGCUAUUGCGCCUUUAAUAAACAUCAAUAAUCAGAUUAAUGUAUUAUUCUCUGUCAUAAAACAUAGCUCCCCCAUAGAGACAGUACUCAGCCAGUCUUUUGCCUAGUACACACAGGUUGUAUAACACAUUUGACAUAAGAGUUGUGAUACCUGCACAACAUUUUUUUGACACCACACAACGGUUGUGUUGUGCAGACAAAUAAAAACAAAUGGCAAAUGCGUCAUACAACCUGAGUGUGUACUAUACUAGGCCUUUGUGUGAACACAGUUUACCUUUUCUGCAGCUGACCUCCCAGUGUCGUUAACAAUAGCUCCUGUUGUUGUGCUUUAAGGUCACCGGUUCGAGGACAACCCUGGGGUGAGGCGUCACCUGGUGAAGAAGUCCUCUCGAUGCCAGCUCCUCCAGAACACCAACAGCUCUUCGCAACUGUCCAGCGUGAAGAAGAAGAGGACGGCUGACAAGAAGACCCAUGAGGUGAGAGAUCAAACUCCACGGCACCAGUUGAUUGGUUAAUUGAUUGAUUGGAAAUAUUAAAUCAUUAAAAACAUAUGAUCUUCCUAGUAAUUGUUUGCUAAAGAUUUUGCAGAUCUAAAGCCAGGGGACUUCACUUUACAGUUGGAGUCAUGACAUAACCCUUCAGUCAUAACCUUUAGGAGAUAUAUUUUGAGACUGUAUAAUCUAAUCAGUGACCUUUGGAACAUAUUUUCUAACUUUGUUUACUAUUUCUAUCAAAGUGUUAUCUGAGUAGCUCCCUUGUAUCCCAUUUGUAUGAUAUCAUGGUCUGGCAAAGGAGGGAUCGCCGUCUAUUUGGUCCCUUUAAUGUUCCAGGAAGGUUGGAGCUAACAUCGAUUCUGUUAGCUUGCUGUGUGCUCCAAGAACAUUCCUUGCAGAAACAUUUAAUUAAGCCUCCUACAGUGCAAACGCACAUAUGUAAAUUAGACCAAAAUAAAACGUUUUCCUUUUCAUAGACUUGAAUAGAAUUGAAUUAGAAUUGAAUACCAACAUUCACUUAGAUCCCAGUCAAUAGAUCCAACAGAUUUUCUACUUCUUUCUCAGUUCUUGGACUUAAAAAAAAAGAAAAGAAAAAGAAAGGAUGAGCCAUAUUUGAAGUCAUGGAUAACUAGGUGUCUGUUUGGUCCCUAUAGGUGUUUGUGGAGCUCAAUGAGCUGAUAGUGGAUAAGAACCAGGAAAUGCGCUGGAAGGAGAUGGCCCGUUGGAUCAAGUUUGAGGAGGAUGUGGAGGAGGAGACGGACCGCUGGGGAAAACCCCACGUGGCCUCGCUUUCCUUCCGCAGCCUGCUGGAGCUCCGCAGGACCAUCACACAUGGUGACGCCCUCACCACACACACAAACAUACAGAUACACACACAGUCACAAACUUACUACUGAUAAAACUUUGAAAUUCCACUACAAAUAUGUGCCCUUCUCUCUCCCCCUGCCUUCCCCCAUAAGGUGCCGUCCUGUUGGACCUGGAGCAGACCACCUUGCCUGGCAUUGCCCAUCUGGUGGUGGAGACCAUGAUCAUCUCAGACCAGAUCAGAGCAGAGGACCGUGCCAACGUGCUCCGCGCCCUGCUGCUCAAACACCAGUGAGUGGUCAGCUGCCCAGGCUUUUGCUCAGAGAGCUAAACCACAAAAAAAUAAGACGCCACAUCCUCUUAUACAGUGCAUUUGGAAAGUAUUCAGACCCCUUCACUUUUCCCACAUUUUAUUACGUUACAGCCUUAUUCUAAAAUUUAUUAAAUACAUUUUUUUCCUCAUCAAUCUACACACAAUACCCCAUAAUGACAAAGCGAAAACAGGUUUUUUGAUUUUUUUGCAAAUGUAUUAAAAAUAAAAAACAGAAAUACCUUAUUUACGUAAGUAUUCAGACCCUUUGCUAUGAGACUCGAAAUUGAGUUCACAUCUCUGGAGAGACCUGAAAAUAGCAGUGCAGCGACACUCCCCAUCCAACCUGAGAGAACUUGAGAGGAUCUGCAGAGAAGAAUGGGAGAACCUCCCCAAAUACAGGUGUGCCAAGCUUGUAGCAUCAUACCCAAGAAGACUCAAGGCUGUAAUUGCUUCCAAAGGUGCUUCAACAAAGUACUGAGUAAAGGGUCUGAAUACUUACGUAAAUGUGAUAUUUCAGUUAUAACAUUUUUUAUAAAUGAGCAAAAAUGUAUAAAAACCUGCUUUUUGCUUUGUCAUUAUGUGGUAUUGUGUGUAGAUUGAUGAGAAGAAUGUGGAAAAAGUGGUCUGAAUACUCUCCGAAUUCACUGUAUACAAUAUAUUUGUUUAUCCUCAUCCCUAAGUCUCCAUCAGAUCUCAUACAGAGAAUGGAAGCCCAUGGCUGUGUCCCGAAUGGCAGCAUAUUCCAUAUGGCAAGGCUCUCCAACCCUGUUCCUGGAGAGCUACCGUCCUAUAAAUUCAGGACGGUAGCUCCAACCCUAGUCUAGGUCACCUCCAAUCCUAAUCUAGGUCACCUGAUUCUAAUAAUCUGCUGUAAUAAUCUGCUGGUUAAUAAGACAAAUCAGGUUAGUUACAACUGGGGUUGGAGUGAAAACCUACAGGAGGGUAGCUCUCCAGGAACAGGGUUGGAGAGCCCUGCCCUAUGUAAUCCACAUAGGGCUCUGUGGCUCUGGUCAAAAGUUGUUCACUAUUUAAGGAGUAAGGUGCCAUUUGGGAUGCAUAUAGGGAUUACAGUAAGUGAUGUUGGACCUACAACCAAAUGAUAGAAUAAGUAGUGGGAGAUCAAUAGUAAAUAGCAUUGAUUAUUACCCUACAUAGCCCAGAUAAAACAUUUUUUAAAAUCUCACUUGACAGAGACAGGUCAAUCUCAAUGUGACUUCCCUGGUUAAAUAAAGGAUCACACUGUUUUAAAUCAUCCAAACAAUUUAAAUCAUUUCGGUCCUAGAUGAAAAUACUAAAGAGUAUCACCCCAACGCCAAUCACCCUCUUCCCCUCCAGCCUCCGUUGGUUUAUCUAUCCAGUCUCCAAUUAGUCCUUUUGAAGUUUUUCUUGGUAAGCCCUUUUGUUGGUUUAUCUAUCUAUUGAUCUACAGUACAUCACCUUGUGUUCUUUACCACCACAGCACAUGUGCCCUAACAGUGCUGCUGCAUUGACGGCACAUGACAGAGUUCACCAAGACUUAUAUAUGGGGAGAAAAUACUUGAUGAAUGUCAGCAGUCAAUUUGAAAUAAAGGCUGAGGGAUGAGCAGCAUGAGCAUAUGAAUGAAGGAUAAAGGAGGACUUUUCCUAUUUGUAUUUUGUUGCCUUCAAUGUGGUGGCUUGCCAUAGUUGAAUACAACCCAGGAAGUCGCCUUAAGUUGGGACACAGGCCUCAUUCCAACAUACGCAUGCAUAAACACAUGCACACUCACUCACGCACGCACACACACACACACACACGCACACACACCUUUCAAAUUUGUGUGAACUCUCCCUUCUAUCUGUCUCUGUACUCAGAUUCAGUUUUCCUAGGCCCAGCUUGGUCCCUAGGCCCAGCUUGGUCCCAGCUCCCGACUCAAGCCCUCCAGUAAAGAAGAGAACAGAAUGGUACCAUGUUUGGCCAUUAACAGUAUUAACUUUGCAUGGUGUCUCGAGGUACUCUGUGGUGGAACAUUAAUGGUUUGCAGAGACUCAUCAGUCAUGGUUUUCUUACUAAUGUUGUGGUGUGUUCCUGGGUUUGCUUCAAGCAAUCAUCAAUUUUUAUCUUAAUGGUAUGCCUUUUGGAUGAUGGGAUGAAGUAAUGGAUACUAGGCCUAUUGCGAUCAGUGUCUGAAGUUGAUUGAUUGUUGUGUUAUAUUAGUGUGUUCUUUUAUACCUGUUGCUACUACGCCGCAGCCCGUCUGGUGUUCAACCUUCCCAAGUUCUCUCAUGUCACCCCCCUCCUCUGCACACUCCACUGGCUUCCAGUUGAGGCUCGCAUCUACUACAAGACCAUGGUGCUUGCCUACGGAGCUGUGAGGGGAACGGCACCUCCUUACCUUCAGGCUCUGAUCAGAACAAGCUCCCCCAAGACGCCAGGACAGCGGAGUCACUGACCACCUUCCGGAGACACUUGAAACCCUACCUCUGUAAGGAAUACCUGGAAUAGUAUAAAGUAACCCUUCUUCCCCCACACCCCAUAAAAAUACUUACAUUUACAUUUACAUCAUUUAGCAGACGCUCUUAUCCAGAGCAACUUACAAAUUGGUGCAUUCAACUUAUGAUAGCCAGUGGGACAACCACCUUCUUUUUUUUUAUGGGGGGUGGGGGAAGAAGGAUUACUUUAUACUAUUCCAGGUAUUCCUUAAAGCGGUAGGGUUUCAAGUGUCUCUGGAAGGUGGUCAGUGACUCCGCUGUCCUGGCGUCGUGGGGGAGCUUGUUCCACCAUUGGGGUGCCAGAGCAGCGAAUAGCUUUGACUGGGCUGAGCGGGAACUGUGCUUCCGUAGAGAUAGGGGAGCUAGCAGGCCAGAGGUGGAUGAACGUAGUGCCCUCGUUUGGGUGUAGGGUUUGAUCAGAGACUGAAGGUAAGGAGGUGCCAUUCCCCUCACAGCUCCGUAGGCAAGCACCAUGGUCUUGUAGUAGAUGCGAGCCUCAACUGGAAGCCAGUGGAGUGUGCGGAGGAGCGGGGUGACAUGAGAGAACUUGGGAAGGUUGAACACCAGACGGGCUGCAGCGUUCUGGAUAAGUUGUAGGGGUUUAAUGGCACAGGCAGGGAGCCCAGCCAACAGCGAGUUGCAGUAAUCCAGACAGGAGAUGACAAGUGCCUGGAUUAGGACCUGUGCCGCUUUCUGUGUAAGGUAGGGUCGUACUCUGCGAAUGUUGUAGAGCAUGAACCUGCAGGAUCGGGUCACCGCUUUGAUGUUAGCGGAGAACGACAGGGUGUUGUCCAGGGUCACGCCAAGGUACUUUGCACCUCUGGGAGGAGGACACAAUGGAGUUGUCAACCGUGAUGGCGAGAUCAUGGAGCGGGCAGUCCUUCCCCGGGAGGAAGAGCAGCUCCGUCUUGCCGAGGUUCAGCUUGAUGUGGUGAUCCGAUAUCCACACUGAUAUGUCUGCCAGACAUGCAGAGAUGCAACUCUCGCUCUCUUGAAGACGGAAAGGACAUGGCCAGCGGUCAUGGAUGAGUUGAUGAGCGAGGUGAGGUAAGGGAGAAGGUCUCUGGAAAUGUUCUGGAGAAGAGAGAGGGGAUAGGGUCAAUCAGGCAGGUUGUUGGGCAGCCGGCCGUCACAAGUCACAAGAUUUCAUCUGGAGAGAGAGGGGAGAAAGAAGUCAAAGCAUAGGGUAGGGCAGUGUGAGCAGGACCAGCGGUGUCAUUUUACUUUAGGUUGUAUUUAGCCCAGACAUUGUUGUCAAAACAUGGGUUGUGGUUUCAUCCCAGAAAUGGAACCUGCCUAGUCUGUAUCUUAUGGCGCCAAGUGCCAACCUCCCUGUAAGCCAUGUUACACCAGGGGUCAGUGACAGGUCACCUGGCAGUCUGUCACCAACCAUAGAGCAAACUCUGGGCCAGAUUGAACCAUUGUCAACCAUUUAGACAGAUGCACUGUAUGUGCAGUGUGCAGCAUACACACACACACACAUGCACUUACACACAAACAAACACACUUUGUUGAAUAUAUUAAACUAUGUCUCUCUCUCUCUCUCUCUCUCUCUCUCUCUCUCUCUCUCUCUCUCUCUCUCUCUCUCGCUCUCUCUCUCUCUCACACACACACACACACACACACACACACACACAACACACACACAACACACAGUCAUCAACACUCCGCCACCAGGCCUCGUUGCACACUCCCCAUCAGUUGCAACCUUUUGGCAACAUUUCCCACCAUGUCACCAGCUGCUUUCCAUGGGAAAAAGCUGUCUAAUUGGCUGAGCCAGUCCAAGAUAGGAAUUUAUGAUGUGGAAAGAAAUACAUCAAGGUGGCUGUAGAAUUUAGCUCAUCGCUUACUCAGUCCCAUUUAAAGAUUCUCUGGGCGCAGCUUGAGCACAAUUCGGUGUGGUGGCACACCUUGUUCUUUUGUUUUGUUGAUCUAUUGUGUCCAACUUGGGAGGCGGGUAACGAGACCAAACGGACCUAAUGAUGGAGGUUAUGUCACCUCUGGACCGGAGCACGAGUGUGAUCAAACUGUCUGUGUGCUGUGAGGGGCCUGGUCACACACACACACACACACACACGCAAGCACGCACGCACACACACACACACACACACACACUGCUGUGUCUUGUUAAGAGGAGUACACCCAACACAAUCCAGUGUGUUCCAUGGAAUACAAGGAAAACUCCCAGUAUGUCACCCACUUGAAUAGGUUCAGUCCAUUUUUGAUUUCCUUGAAAGAGUUUAUAACAUAUCCUUAAUAAGAGUCUUUAUAACAUAUUCUUAAUAAUAGUCUUUAUGACAUAUCCUUAAUAAGAGUCUUUAUAACAAAUCCUUAAUAAGAGUCUUUAUAACAUAUCCCUAAUAAGAGUCUUUAUAGCAUAUGCUUAAUGAGAGUCUUCAUAAGUUAUCCUUAAUACGAGUCUUAGGAUGUUAUGUAGAGGAAAUGGAGGAUUUGUUUCUUUUGAUACUGACUGCAUUAACUAUCAUCCACUUCUUGCAUGGACGCAAUAAAUUAUAGCAUCGCAGUGCAUAACAACCACUUUAUAUUGUAUAGCAACCUUCAUGAAGUUCCAGUCUUAUUGCAUGGCAACAUCCUACUGUAAUACAACCUUCUGUAUCUCCUGCUUCCAGCCACCCCAACGACGAAAAGGAGGGCCUCUUCCAUCGCAACCACUCUACUAAUAGCCUUCUAGGCAGCUUCCACCGCAACCACAACCACAUUCCCGACACAGCGCUGCCCCUUGUGGCCGAAGACCAUGCAGCGGUCCACCACCACCAUGACAACAAAGCACCAGAGCACGACAAAGAGGUGUUUGUGAGCUUGUUUAUGAGUGGUGUGGGCAAAGUGUUGCUUGUUUGUUUAGUCUUGUACACAUCUAUAGGCUGGAGUGGAGAUGUAUGUUUAAAGGCCCAAUGCAGCCGUUUUUAUCUCAAUAUCAAAUCAUUUCUGGAUAAGAGCAUCUGCUAAAUAAUGUAAAUGUAACCAUUAAAUACCUUACUGUGAAUGUUUUCAAUUAACAUGUUAUUCAAUUAACAUGUUAAAAAAUAAACAAGAAUAUCUUCUUAGCAAAGGGCCAUUUCUCAAGUUAAAAAAAUUAUAGGACUGUCUGGGAGUGGUAUGAGUGGGGAGUGGAAAACUGAAAACUAGCUGUUAUUGGCAGAGAGGUUUGGAACUCUCUUAUUGGUCUUUUAACCUCACCAGGCAGACUAAAACUCCAUCCCACCAAAACAGGCUGAAAUUUCAGGCGGUCUUUUCAGCUCUAACACUAAAAGGAUAAUAUCAUAAUUUUCACAAUUUCACAGUAUUAUUACAACCUCAUAGUGUGGAAAUACAGUAUAUAUAAAACACAGGAAAAUCUCAUAUUUUGAGUGCACUGUGCCUUUUAAGCUAUUGGUCCGAAACUGUUAGCUUUUUGGAUCCAAUUAGCAUUUGAUAUGUGUCUGCGUCUUUGUGUCUUAGUUACAAGCCUGAAUAUUUGUUCAGAUGGACAUAAUACACCUCUUCUUGGCUCAAUGGCCUUGUCCAUUUCCUUUGAAAACAAAAGAAGAAUGGUCUGAGUAGAUGAUUACAAGUUCUGAGACACAGAGGAUAUAUUGCUAAAAUUCCACCUUGAAAUGGAAAUGCAAUGCUAUAUGUCAUAUUCUAUUUUUUCUCCAUUGUAUAGUACUGUAUUUCACAUACACUGAGUAUGUGAUAUAGACUGACCAGGUGAAUCCAGGUGAAAGCUAUAAUCCCUUUUUGAUGUCACUUGUUAAAUCCACUUCAAUCAGUGUAGAUGAAGGACAGGAGACAGGUUAAAUAAUGAUUUUUAAUGAUUGAGACAACUGAGACAUGGAUUGUGUAUGUGUACCAUUCAGAGGGUGAAUGGGCAAGACAAAAUAUUUAAGUGCCUUUGAACGGGGUAUGGUAGUAGGUGCCAGGCGCACUGGUUUGUGUGUGUCAAGAGCUGCAACGCUGCUGGGUUUUUCACACUCAGCAGUUUCCCGUGUGUAUAAAACAUGGUGCACCACCCAAAGGACAUCCAGCCAACUUGACACAACUGUGAAGUCAACAUGGGCCAGCAUCCCUGUGGAAUGCUUUCGACAUCUUAUAGAGUCCAUGCCCUGACGAAUUGAGGCUGUUCUGAGGGCAAAAGGGUAUGCAACUCAAUAUUAGGAAGGUGUUCCUAAUGUUUUGUACACUCAGUGAAUAUUAGAGUGUACUAAAUAAUCGGCGAUAUGCGGCUAGUUCAGUAAUGCAGCCACGGUAAAAAAAAAAAAAAACUCCCAUUAGCCACUCCACAUGAGAUGAAUUAUGUUCUUAGUCAGCUUACAGGUGCUCCUUGUUAAAACUUCUUGAUGCAUUAACUGUGAAACUUUAAUGUUCCCCGUGGCUUGAAACGUUGGCAAAUUUAAAACAGCUCAUAAAAAUCUAAAACUCCAGUCGUAUUAAAAAUAUUUUAAAGUGAUUUUACCAUUUUGUACUUUUGUCACAUUUGUGUCUGCUGAUGAAUGUCAGAUAGACACUGUUCGACUGUUUGAAGUUCAUAACAGUCUGUAAAAUUGACAAAUGUAGGGUUUGGACAAACUAAUGCCAAGGAGAGAGCCUGUGCAUGUUCUGUGACUGUCUGGCAAAGCUUUUAGUUAGCACAGGCCUUACACAGGCUUAGCAUGAAAUACAUCCUUACGUUUACGCUUCACCUGUUAAAGAUUUUCUGGUUUGUGACUUCAGAAAUCACAUCAUCCCCCCCUGCCAACGGCUCAUGACCAUCAGGUUACCAAACACACAAAACUCUUAGCCAAGAUUCCCAAGGACGCCGAAGCAACCGUGGUCUUAGUUGGUAAGCCCAAGGACUAUAUACAGUGGGGAGAACAAGUAUUUGAUACACUGCCGAUUUUGCAGGUUUUCCUAUUUACAAAGCAUGUAGAGGUCUGUAAUUUUUAUCAUAGGUACACUUCAACUGUGAAGUUGAAUCCAGAAAAUCACAUUCUAUGAUUUUUAAGUAAUUAAUUUACAUUUUAUUGCAUGACAUAAGUAUUUGAUACAUCACAAAAGCAGAACUUAAUAUUUGGUACAGAAACCUUUGUUUGCAAUUACAGAGAUCAUACGUUUCCUGUAGGUCUUGACCAGAUUUGCACACACUGCAGCAGGGAUUUUGGCCCACUCCUCCAUACAGACCUUCUCCAGAUCCUUCAGGUUUCAGGGCUGUCGCUGGGCAAUACGGACUUUCAGCUCCCUCCAAAGAUUUUCUAUUGGGUUCAGGUCUGGAGACUGGCUAGGCCACUCCAGGACCUUGAGAUGCUUCUUACGGAGGCACUUAGUUGCCCUGGCUGUGUGUUUCGGGUCGUUGUCAUGCUGGAAGACCCAGCCACGACCCAUCUUCAAUGCUCUUACUGAGGGAUGGAGGUUGUUGGCCAAGAUCUCGCGAUACAUGGACCCAUCCAUUCUCCCCUCAAUACGGUGCAGUUGUCCUGUCCCCUUUGCAGAAAAGCAUCCCCAAAGAAUGAUGUUUCCACCUCCAUGCUUCACGGUUGGGAUGGUGUUCUUGGGGUUGUACUCAUCCUUCUUCUUCCUCCAAACACGGCGAGUGGAGUUUAGACCAAAAAGCUCUAUUUUUAUCUCAUCAGACCACAUGACCUUCUCCCAUUCCUCCUCUGGAUCAUCCAGAUGGUCAUUGGCAAACUUCAGACGGGCCUGGACAUGCGCUGGCUUGAGCAGGGGGACCUUGCGUGCGCUGCAGGAUUUUAAUCCAUGACGGCGUAGUGUGUUACUAAUGGUUUUCUUUGAGACUGUGGUCCCAGCUCUCUUCAGGUCAUUGACCAGGUCCUGCCGUGUAGUUCUGGGCUGAUCCCUCACCUUCCUCAUGAUCAUUGAUGCCCCACGAGGUGAGAUCUUGCAUGGAGCCCCAGACCGAGGGUGAUUGACCGUCAUCUUGAACUUCUUCCAUUUUCUAAUAAUUCCGCCAACAGUGUUUGCCUUCUCACCAAGCUGCUUGCCUAUUGUCCUGUAGCCCAUCCCAGCCUUGUGCAGGUCUACAAUUUUAUCCCUGAUGUCCUUACACAGCUCUCUGGUCUUGGCCGUUGUGGAGAGGUUGGAGUCUGUUUGAUUGAGUGUGUGGACAGGUGUCUUUUAUACAGGUAACGAGUUCAAACAGGUGCAGUUAAUACAGGUAAUGAGUGGAGAACAGGAGGGCUUCUUAAAGAAAAACUAACAGGUCUGUGAGAGCCGGAAUUCUUACUGGUUGGUAGGUGAUCAAAUACUUAUGUCAUGCAAUAAAAUGCAAAUUAAUUACUUAAAAAUCAUACAAUGUGAUUUUCUGGAUUUUUGUUUUAGAUUCCGUCUCUCACAGUUGAAGUGUACCUAUGAUAAAAAUCACAGACCUCUACAUGCUUUGUAAGUAGGAAAACCUGCAAAAUCGGCAGUGUAUCAAAUACUUGUUCUCCCCACUGUAUGUGUGUGUGAAGCAUGCGUUUGGAUGUACUGUACAUUUCUUUUCAGGGCUACAUAUGCCUGUGUAAAUAUUGUCUCUGUCCAUUCACGUCAGCCCUAAGGCAGUGUGUACCAAUUGUUAGCAUUGAUUUCAUUUCUAAUUGGCACAACUCACCUCUCCACUGACAGUGAUAGCAGAUGUGUGGUGCAAUUUCUCAGGCAAAAUGGCUUGCCCUGGAAACACCCAUUGGAUACAUCCAAUCCUUGCAUUGUUAGCCUAGCUUGCCUUCCUUAUCCCUCACCUAUUACCCCUUACCUAUUAGCAUUAGCAUUGUUUCCAAAGAUCCUCAACUGUGUUUCAUUCCUCAGGGUGUGUGGAUUUCUUGGAGCAGCCGGCCAUGGCCUUCAUCAGGCUGAGUGAGGCGGUGCUGCUGGAGUCGGUCCUGGAGGUGCCGGUGCCGGUCCGUUUCCUCUUUACCCUACUCGGCCCCGCUCAGUCCAACAUGGACUAUCAUGAGAUCGGACGCUCCUUCUCCACCCUCAUGUCCGACAAGGUAGCCCACCUGAAAAAAAACAUAUCACACAACUUUUCCCACAAUUCUUCUCAGUUGUAAAUGGUACAAAUAGUACAAACAUUUAGGGCUGGUUUCCCAGACACAGAUUAAAAGUCCUGGACAAAAUUGAAAGUGCUUCUAAAAAUCCAGGACUAGGCUUAAUCUGGGUCAGUGAAAUCAGCCUUUAGAGAUCUUAUAGACUAUUGCUAAUCUCUUCAAAACUUCCCCAGAACUUCCAUGAGGUGGCCUACUUCGCGGACGACCGGCAGGACCUGCUGAACGGCAUCAACGAGUUCCUGGACUGCAGCAUCGUUAUCCCCCCGUCGGACGUGGAGGGCAAGGACCUUCUAAAGACGGUAGCCUCCUUCCAGAAGCAGAUGCUGCGCAAGAGGAAGGAGAGAGAGAACAUUAAGAAGGGCCUGACCCACGCCACCCCCGGAACAGGCCAGGAGACCAAAGGUGAUCAUAAUUGUAUUUAUUUCUUUAUUUCGUUUGCAGCCCUUUGGGGUUCCCCAGGAGUAGAUUGAAAAACCCAGGCAUACUGUAUGUGUAACCGUAUGUCUGUCUGUCUGUUUCACUGCACUACAGAGGUGAGCCAGGACGAGCAGGAAGUGGAGGACCAGGAGGUGGACCCCAUGAAGCGGUCGGGCAUCCCCUUCGGAGGCCUCAUCCAUGACAUCAAGCGGCGCUACCCACGCUACGCCAGUGACAUCAAAGACGCCUUGGACUCACAGUGCAUCGCCGCCGUCAUUUUCAUCUACUUCGCAGCCCUCUCGCCCACCAUCACCUUCGGAGGACUGCUGGGUAAGAGAGCAUGGUGGCACAUAUUUGUUUUCCUUCUACCUCAAUGUGAUUCAACGACUUUUCAGAACUAACAAUGAAAUGUUUGCUAGCUGUCCUAAGAGAAUGUGUACUCCAUAAAGUGCUAGCUAACUAAAUAACCAGCUAGCUUGAUAGAACACCCCAUUGCUAAAAAUGUUUGCGACAACAUAGCUAGCUGUUUUUCCCAUUUCCUUGAACCUCACUGUAGGUUUUAGAUACUGAUUAGUUCAUUAAUCUUGUACAAUAUUCAAUACUGUACUCAUUAACUAGAAAGUAGCUGUUACUGAAUGAGAAGAGACAUAAAGGAAGUUUAAAAACUACCGCUCAGUCAAUAUCCUCCUACCUUUCCAAUUAAACAGGAGAGAAAACAGAGGGCAUGAUGGGAGUGUCUGAGCUCAUCAUCUCCACAGCGACCCUGGGGGUGCUGUUCUCGCUGCUGGCCGGACAGCCCCUGCUCAUCAUCGGAUUCUCAGGACCCCUGCUGGUGUUUGAGGAGGCCUUCUACAAGGUACCUGAAAAUAAACACACUUACAGCAGGGCGAUGGUAGAUAAGAAUCCAUCCAAAAAUCAUGAUAAUUUAAAGCAUUUUAAAAGUGGUCUUGAUAACGUUAAAAGGGUUAGAUAUGUGUAUCUAAUAGGCUAGUUCAUGUUGCACAGCCCAUUUGAAAACCCAUUUGCCCCUGUUCUGAGCCUAUUAAACAUCUAUUUCACUCUUCCUUUCUCACUCCCUUUCUGCCUCCCUUUCUCCCUUCCUCCCUCCCUUCAUCCCUCUCUUCUUCCCUAUCUCUCCGUCUCUCUCUCCCUCCCUCUUCCACCCUCAGUUCUGCCAGGCCCAGGGCUUUGAGUACUUGACUGGCCGGGUGUGGAUCGGCUUCUGGCUCGUCUUCAUAGUGCUGUUGAUAGUAGCGGCCGAGGGCAGCUUCUUGGUCAAAUACAUCUCACCCUUCACCCAGGAGAUCUUCGCCUUCCUCAUCUCGCUCAUCUUCAUCUACGAGACCUUCUCGAAGCUCAUCAAGGUAAAACCAAUGGACAAUGUUUUACAUGAGGACAGUCUAAGAGGCUGUAACUUUGUUGUGCUUUAGAAUAGAAUAGAAAAUAAUAGAAUAGAAUAGAUCAGAUGUGGUAUUUGGCAUAUAAUAUGGGUAGUCCAAGCCGGUCACAUGGGAUCAGUCCAUUUGACAAUGAAAUGGUUGGGCCUUUUUCCUUCUUCCAGGUAUUCCAGGAGCAUCCUUUGAUGAGAAGCUACCCGCCUGCUCUCAGCCUGCCCGGUAUGGACUUCAUCAACCCCACAGACCCCGGCGGCCCGGUCCUAAACCAACCCAACACAGCCCUGCUGUCUCUCGUCCUUAUGCUUGGCACCUUCUUUGUGGCCUUCUUCCUCAGGAAAUUGCGCAAUAGUCGCUUCCUGGGCGGGAAGGUAACCUAUGGCAGACAAUUUCUCAGAAACCCAUCAUUUGUUUUUUAUGGGCUCAUUUCAAUCAAAUGUAUAGGUUUUGUUCCAUGUGUUUCUGUCUUACUAAUAACAAUAACAAUGUUAUCACAAAAUGCAGUAUAAAUAUAGGCUUCCUAUUUUACACCUACUGUAUACAGUAUAAUCUAUACUAGUGACCCUAUGAUCUGAAGAGUGUUCUGUUUUAUCAUGUGAUCCCCCCAGGCCAGAAGAAUCAUCGGAGACUUUGGCAUCCCCAUCUCCAUCCUCUUCUCUGUACUGUUGAGUUACUCCAUCCCCAACACCUAUACCCAGGUAACCAUAACUGCCAUUGCCAACUCCUACAUCUAUCCGUAUAUCUAAAAGCUCCACUACAUCCCUGAUAACUACAAAAACUCACAUACCCGUAACAUACACAUUUAACAUUUAAACAAAGUCACUCACUACAAACUCUCAUGUUCUUACUCGUUAUAACUUUGCCCUGACUGGUCUUGUUUCUGUUGCUUGUGGUUUUACAGAAGCUGAAUGUACCAUCUGGUUUCUCGGUCACAUCUCCUGACAAGCGGGGCUGGUUCAUCAGUCCGUUCGGUGACCAGAAGCCCUUCCCCUUGUGGAUGAUGGGGGCUUCGGUGGUGCCCGCCCUCCUCGUCUUCAUCCUCAUCUUCAUGGAGACACAGAUCACCUCGUAAGUGCUGCCUGUUGCUAUGGUAACGUGUGUCACUUUAGAAGUGAAGAGAGGGUCAAUUACCAUGGUUAUGCCAGUCACAUUUGUUAGAUUAGAUUAGGUUGCGAUGAGGACAUACAUGCUGGGUGGGUAACCAUGGUGAUAUCAGUGUAGGGGUUGCUAUGGAGAAACCAGUUAUAGGUAGGAUGGUGUUGUGGAGCAAAUCUAUAAACAGAGUUGGAGGUACUGCAAGUUCAACAAUAUCAACUCUCAAUUGGCUGCAGGCUAUAAUGAUUAACCAACGGACAUUUGUUCCUUCUCUGGCAUUUACCAAUCAGAUUGGAGUAGCGUGAAGAGUAAAGACAUUACACAGUCAUUACUGACUUCAUAUCACAGGCACAGAACCAGAUACUUUGUGUGUAACAAUACUCAACAAAUAAGAACAUGAAAAUAGUGCUUCUUUCUACAUGUGGUGACCUGGGCCGCAUAAAUGAGCUGUGUGUUUGCUUGUGUGUGUGUGAACAUACUCACGUUUGUGUGUGUGAUUUUGCACAUAUGUGUUUAUACAUGUAUGUGUGUGCGUAAACAUGCAUGUGGAUAUAUGUGUGAAUAUAUGUAUACAGGUGUGUGUGUGAUUUACACCUCCCUUACCCCUUCCUUACCCCCCCUCUCUCUACUCUCCUCCCAUCCCCCCAUCCUAGACUAAUCGUCAGCAAGAAGGAGCGUCACCUGGUCAAGGGAUCGGGCUUCCACCUGGACCUGCUGCUCAUUGUCACGCUGGGCGCCAUGUGCCCUCUGUUAGGCCUGCCCUGGCUCACAGCCGCCACUGUGCGCUCCGUCACGCAUGUCAACGCCCUUACUGUCAUGAGCAAGGCCACGGCGCCUGGCGAGAAGCCUAUGAUCCAGGAGGUGAAGGAGCAGCGGGUGACGGGCCUGGUAGUCGCCGUGCUCGUGGGUGAGGAGGAUGCUGUUUUUCUGGAAAGGGUUGGAUUGGAUGUAGGCCCUGGUGUGAUGUGAAGGAAGGUGUCAUUGAUCAAAAUCAAUUAAAAUGUAUUAAUAAAGCCCUUUGUACAUCAGCAGAUGAUGUCGCAACGUGCAUAUACAGAAACCCAGCCUAAAACCCCAAACAGCAAGCAAUGCAGUUGUAGAAGCACGGUGGCUAUGAAAAACUCCCUAGAAAGGCAGGAACCUAGGAAGAAACCUAGAGCGGAACCACGCUCUGAGGGGUGGCCAGUCCUCUUCUGGCUGUGCUGGGUGGAGAUUAUAAGAGUACAUGGCCAUUAAGGCCAGAUCGUUCUUCAAGAUGUUCAAACGUUCAUAGAUGACCAGCAGGGUCAAAUAAUAAUCACAGUGGUUGUAGAGGGUGCAACAGGUCAGCACCUCAGGAGUAAAUGUCAGUUGGCUUUUCAUAGCCGAGCAUUCAGAGGUCGAGACAGCAGGUGCGGUAGAGAGAGAGAGGGGGGAGGGAGGGAGGGAGAGAGAGAGAGAGGGUCGAAAAUAGCAGGUCCGGGACAAGUUAGCACGUCUAGUGAACAGGUCAGGGUUCCAUAGCCACAGGAAAAACAGCAAAAACUGGAUCAGCAGCACGACCAGGUGGACUGGGGACAGCCAGGAGGCAUCAUGCCAGGUAGUCCUGAGGCAUGGUCCUAGGGUUCAGGUCCUCUGACAGAGAGACAGAAAGAGAGCGAGAGAGAGAGAGAAUUAGAGAGAGCAUACUUAACAAAGGACAGCAGAUAAGACAGGAGAAUUUCACCAGAUACAGUUGAAGUCGGAAGUUUACAUACACUUAGAUUGGAGUCAUUAAAACUUGUUUUUCAACCACUAUACAAAUGUCUUGUUAACAAACUAUAGUUUUGGCAAGUCGGUUAGGACAUCUACUUUGUGCAUGACACAAGUAAUCUUUCCAACAAUUGUUUACAGACAGAUUAUUUCACUUAUAAUUCACUAUAUCACAAUUCCAGUGGGUCAGAAGUUUAUAUACACUAAGUUGACUGUGCCUUUAAACAGCUUGGAAAAUUCCAGAAAAUUAUGUCAUGGCUAUAGAAGCUUCUGAUAGUCUAAUUGACAUCAUCUGAGUCAAUUGGAGGUGUACCUGUGGAUGUAUUUCAAGGCCUACCUUCAAACUCAGUGCCUCUUUGCUUGACAUCAUAGGUAAAUCAAAAUAAAUCAGCCAAGACCUCAGAAAAAUAAUUGUAGACCUCCACAAGUCUGGUUCAUCCUUGGGAGCAAUUUCCAAACGCCUGAAGGUGCCACGUUCAUCUGUACAAACAAUAGUACGCAAGUAUAAACACCAUGGGACCACGCAGCCGUCAUACCGCUCAGGAAGGAGACACGUUCUGUCUCCUAGAGAUGAACGUACUUUGGUUUGAAAAGUGAAAAUCAAUCCCAGAACAACAGCAAAGGACCUUGUGAAGAUGCUGGAGGAAACAGGUACAAAAGUAUCUAUAUCCACAGUAAAACGAGUCCUAUAUCGACAUAACCUGAAAGGUCGCUCAGCAAGGAAGAAGCCACUGCUCCAAAACCGCCAUAAAAAAGCCAGACUACGGUUUGCAACUGCACAUGGGGACAAAGAUCGUACUUUUUGGAGAAAUGUCCUCUGGUCUGAUGAAACAAAAAUAGAACAGUUUGGCCAUAAUGACCAUUGUUAUGUUUGGAGGAAAAAGGGGGUGGCUUGCAAGCCGAAGAACACCAUCCCAAACGUUAAGCACGGGGGUGGCAGCAUCAUGCUGUGGGGGUGCUUUGCUGCAGGAGGGACUGGUGCACUUCACAAAAUAGAUGGCAUCAUGAGGAAGGAAAAUUAUGUGGAUAUAUUGAAGCAACAUCUCAAGACAUCAGUCAGGAAGUUAAAGCUUGGUCGCAAAUGGGUCUUCCAAAUGGACAAUGACCCCAAGCAUACUUCCAAAGUUGUGGCAAAAUGGCUUAAGGACAACAAAGUCAAGGUAUUGGAGUGGCCAUCACAAAGCCUUGACCUCAAUCCUAUAGAACAUUUGUGGGAGAACUGAAAAAGCGUGUGCGAGCAAGGAGGCCUACAAACCUGACUCAGUUACACCAGCUCUGUCAGGAGGAAUGGGCCAAAAUUCACCCAUCUUAUUGUGGGAAGCUUGUGGAAGGCUACCCAAAACGUUUCUCUCAAGUUAAACAAUUUAAAGGCAAUGCUACCAAAUACUAAUUGAGUGUAUGUAAACUUCUGACCCACUGGGAAUGUGAUGAAAGAAAUAAAAGCUGAAAUAAAUCAUUGUCUACUAUUAUUCUGAUAUUUCACAUUCUUAAAAUAAAGUGGUGAUCCUAACUGACCUAAAACAUGGAAUUUUUACUUGGAUUAAAUGUCAAGAAUUGUGAAAAACUGAGUUUAAAUGUAUUUUUGCUAAGGUGUAUGUAAACUUCCGACUUCAACUGUAGGACAGACUGACCCUAGCCUCCCGGCACAUAGACUAUUGCAGUAUAGAUAGUUGGGCUGAGACGGGGGGAGUCGGGGGACACUGGCCCUGUCCGACGAUACCAUCUUACAGGGCCAACCAGGCAGGAUAUAACCUCACCCACUUAGCCAAAGCACAGCCCCCACACCACUUGAGGGAUAUCAAUAGACCUCCAACUUACUACCCUGAGACAAGGCUGAGGAUAGCCCACAAAGAUCUCCUCCACUGCACAAGCCCGAGGGGAUGCAAAACCGGACAGGAAGAUCACGUCAGUGACUCAACCCACUCAAGUCGAGUAUAGCGAAAAAAGCCUGGCACGACAUGACGCACCCCUCCUAGGGACGGCAUGGAAGAGCACUAGUAAGCCAGUGACUCAGCCCCCGUAGUAGGGUCAGGCAGAGAAUCCCAGUGGAGAGAGAGGAGCCGGCCAGGCAGAGACAGCAAGGGCGGUUCGUCACUCCAGUGCAUUGCCGUUCACCUUCACACACCUGGGUCAGACUACACUCAAUCAUAGGACCUACUGAAGAGAUGAGUCUUCAGUAAAGACUUAAAGGUCGAGACCGAGUCUGCGUCUCUCACAUGGAUAGGCAGACCAUUCAAUAAAAAUGUAGCUCUAUAGGAGAAAGCCCUGCUUCCAGCUGUUUGCUUAGACAUUCUAGGGACAAUUAUGAGGCCUGCGUUUUGUGACCAUAGCAUAUGUGUAGGUAUGUACGGCAGGACCAAAUCAGAGAGAUAGGUAGGAGCAAAUCCAUGUAAUACUUUGUCGGUUAGCAUAAAACCUUGAAAUCAGCCCUAGCCUUAAUAGGAGGCCAGUGUAGAGAAGUUAGCAGCGGAGUAAUAUGAUCACAUUUUUGGGUUCUAGUCAAGAUUCUAGCAGCUGUAUGUAACACUAACUGAAGUUUAUUUAGUGCUUUAUCUGGGUAGCCAGACAGUAGAACAUUGCAGUAGUCUAAUCUAGAAGUGUCAAAAGCAUGGAUUCGCUUUUCUGCAUCAUUUUUGGACAAAAGGCUUCUGAUAUUUGCAAUGUUACGAAGAUGGAAAAAAGCUGCCCUUGAAAUAUUCUUGAUAUGUUCGUCAAAAGAGAGUUCAGGGUCCAGAGUAACACUGAGGUCCUUCACAGUUUAAGACUGUACAACCAUCAAGAUUAAUCUUGGGUUGUCCGAGAAGUUAUAGCUCAUCUUUUGAUAAUCCUUGGUUGGGGUCUGAUCAGAUUAUUUGUUGUGAGUGCAAACGUAAUAAGAUAGUGGUCCGAUAGUCCAGGAUUAUGAGCAAAAAACAUUUAGAUCCACAAUAUUUAUUCCACGGGACAAACCUAGAUCCAGGUCCGGAGACAUGUUGGACAAAACCCACUGAGUCGAUAAUGGCUCCGAAAGCCUUUUGGAGUGGGUCUGUGGACUUUUCCAUGUGAAUAUUGAAGUCACCAAAAAUUUGAAUAUUAUCUGCCAUGACUACCGAUAGGAAUUCAAGGAACUCAGUGAGGAACACUGUAUACGGCCCAGGAGUCCUGUAAACAGUAGCUUUAAAAAGUGAUUGAGUAGGCUGCAUAGAUUUCAUGACUAGAAGCUCAAAAGACAAAAACGCAGUCAUUUUUAUUUUUUAUUUUGUACAUUUGUUGUCGUAAAUGUUAGCAACAUCUCCGCCUUUGCGGGAUGCACGGGGGAUAUGGUCACUAGUGUAACCAGGAGGAGAGGCCUCAUUUAACACAGUAGAUAGUGGUCCAUUCUGAGGCGUCUUUGAAUAUGGUAUAUUGUAAGGUGUACUGUACCGUUGAGACUCAGCAAUGUAACAUGGACAGCAAACUAAGAAAUAGGAAAAUAAACAGUUAAUGAGUUGAUAGAGACUAUAUUCUGAUACCAGAGGUGUAAUUUAUCUGUGUAUAUAGCUUUCUCUAUGAUUAAAACUAACAGACCUUGUAUUUACAUUCUUGUUUGGUGUUACACCUGAACUAAUCACUCGUGGACAGUCUAUGUAAGUAUAACCAAAUUCCGCAUGAUUUUAGCUCCGGGUUAACCGAGAUUACAGAUGAACUGGCUCAGCUGAUCUCAAUUCAACCACUCUACAGAUCCCCAUGCGACCUGGAUCUCACACAUUUGACCUUUCACCUUUGACUUGUGUUUUCCCAAGGCAUGUCUAUCGUGAUGACGGACGUGCUCCGUAACAUCCCACUGGCCGUGCUGUUCGGGAUCUUCCUCUACAUGGGCGUCACGUCGAUCACCGGCAUCCAGCUCUACGAGCGCAUCACACUCAUGUUCACCCCCGCCAAGCACCACCCCGACCACAUAUACGUGACCAAGGUGAGCCCAAUAGCAGAAUAUGAAGGAGAGUCUACUCAACCUCUGUUUUUGUUAUAGAUUUGUGCCCAAGUCUGGUUUGGUAUCCUGGUUUUGUUUGUUUGUUUGUGAGUUUAUUUGUGCAUGAUGUGGGACUUAAGUGGGAUUGUGUGUGUGGACUUAAUUUGCAAUCAAAUGAUAAAAGGAUGAAGUUGACCCUAGACAUUGAUCUAAUGUCAGUUUUGCGAUAGGUAAGUAUUUGAUCCGUGUCUGGUCAGGUGCAGGCUGUCAAUGUUAGUAAAAGACAGAAGGGGAUCCACCCACUAGAUGGAGCUCAAUCCAUCUAAUUCUAUAUAACAAAUUCAAUAGGUAGGGUAACAACUCCUAACUCUGUGACAGGAUGGGACUGAAUUAUGCCAGAGUCAAAGACUGUUCUAUAACAUGUAUUUACAUUGAGUUACAAAACACAUUAGGAACACCUGCUCUUUUCAUGACAUAGACUGACCAGGUAAAUCCAGGUGAAAGCUAUGAUCCCUUAUUGAUGUCACCUUGAUUAAAUACACUUCAAUCAGUGUAGAUGAAGGGGAGGGGACAGGUUAAAGAAGGAUUUUCAAGCCUUGAGACAAUUGAGACAUGGAUUGUGUAUGUGUGCCAUUCAGAGGGUGAAUGGGCAAGACAAAAUAUUUAAGUGCCUUUGAACAGAGUAUGGUAGUAGGUGCCAGGUGCACCGGUUUGAGUGUGUCAAGAACUGCGACGCUGCUGGGUUUUUCACGCUCAACAGUUUCCCAUGUGUAUCAAGAAAGGUCCACCACACAAAGGACAUCCAGCCAAAUUGACACAAUUGUGGGAAGCAUUGUAGUCAACACGCUUUCGACACCUUGUAGAGUCCAUGCCCCGAUUAAGGGGUUCUUAAUGUUUUGUACACUCAGUGUCUGUCUAUCUCGUCUCUAUGAACAGUAUGUGUUAAUUGUCCUGCCCAGAACAUUAUUCCUAAACAAAUUAAUUUAAAUAAAAUAGGAAUUCAAUUCAUUUCAAUUGUGGGUAACGCUGUACUUAAAGCCUGCAGGUAUGAUGCAUUGUAAGACUUGUCAUAAGCAUGUAUAACCCCCCAUUUUUGUGUGUGCGUGGGCCGCAGGUUAAGACGUGGCGUAUGAACAUGUUCACCAUCAUCCAGGUGGCCUGCAUUGUGCUACUGUGGGUGGUCAAGUCGACGGUGGCCUCGCUCGCCUUCCCCUUCAUCCUCAUCAUGACCGUGCCGCUCCGCCGUCUCAUCCUCUCCCGGAUCUUUGAGGAGCGUGAGCUCCAGGCGGUAGGUGGACAUUCCUGAAAUUCUCUGAAUUCUGGCACAAUCAUCUGGUCCAGGCAACAUUGGGUCACACGUUACAAGUAGUAGCACGGAUGUCCUGUAUUCGCAGGGAAUUUGUGUUUAUUUGUGAAAGGUGCAUGCUAUAUUACACAGUACUUUAAUUCAGUUAACAAUACAAUUUUAAAAUAUUUAUCUCGUCGAAGUCAAGGCUCCAAACUACAUGAUCUAAAUGAAAACAUCAACAUAAACAGGAUGCAGGGGUCCUGGAGAACAGACUUUGACAAUGACAGAAUUGUGGGUUAGAUUCCUGGGACCAGCCACAUGUAAAAUGUAUGCACGCAUGACUGUAAGUCACUUUGGAUAAAAAUGUCUGCUAAAUGGCAUAUAUUAUUAUUAUUAUAUUAUUGUUUCACUAUAUUGGCCAAAGCAUCAAGACACUAAUCAAAUGAAUCAAGAUGCUGAUGACAUCCCAACAUCUCUCGCUCUCCACAGCUCGACGGGGAAAACGAGGACUCCCCCAACUUUGACGAGGAUGGUCGGGACGAGUAUAAUGAGAUUCACAUGCUUGUGUAG